AUGAAAGUAAAACAACAAUUCUUUGGUAGUCAUAAAAAUGAUAAUUUAAUUGAUUCAUUGGAUCCAAAAAGUUUUGAAAUAAAUAGUAAAAAAUUAUCAACUAAAUUAUUUAAUGGGGAACUAUCAACAGAUCAAUCUUCAUAUUUAAUAGAAAUAAUUCAAUUAAUUCAUAAAUUAUUAUCACCAUAUUUAAAAAAAGAUGAAAAAAAUUAUAUUUAUGAUUAUCAAAUGGAAAGAUAUGUAGAGAAUUUUUUUAAAAAACUUUCUGAUAUCGGUGUAAUAAAAAGAAUAGUACAGGAGAAGACUUUUUUAUAUAAUGUCAAUCAAAAUAAAAAAGUUAUGGCUAACUAUACAACUAUUUAUAAUGAAAAAAUGGGGAAAGUUAAAGUUUACCAUAAUAUAAUAAAAAAAUGUUUUAAUCAAAAAAAUAUAACAAAAAUAUGUAGAAGUAAAUUUAAAGAUAUCAAAGAUAUUUACAAUAAUUAUUUAAUUAUUUUUAAGAAUAUGUCUAAGUUUAAUAAUAUUAAUGAUUUAAGAAAUAAAUUUAUUGAUGAUAUUGCUUUCAAUUUUAGAAAACAUAUUUCUCAAAUUGAAGGUUUAGGUAAUACAUCAUUAAAUGAACUUUAUACAUUUUCUGCAUUUGAUCAUUUGGAGUAUGUUCUUAAAAUUGUUGAAAGAGACUGGAAUACAAUAAUGAAUUUUUAUGAUACAAAAAUUGAACAAAAAGAAUUAUUUAAAGUUGAGGAGCUUUUUAAACUUGAUAAAGAUAUUCUUAAUACAUGUUAUAAAUAUUCUCUACAUCCAUACUCACCUAAUGAUAUUAUUAUAUUUAAGAAAAAAGAAUUAAAAAUAGAACCAACACCUUUAUAUAAUUAUCUUGAUAAAUAUUUUUUUAAAAAUACAAAGAAUAUAAGACAAAAUUAA